CUGUGCAAAUUCUAUAAUAAUAUAUAAAAUGACAAGGCUCAACAUUUCAACAUUUCAUGAAUAAAAAAUAGGGAAAGAAGAUGAAUCCAUCUGAAUCACAGCAAGAUUUGUUGGAAAAUGAAGCAAGAGCGCCGUCCGUACAAUCACUUAAUCCGCCGGUAGAGUACACACUCGGCCCCGUUGAGAAGCAUUUUUUACUCAGUGCAGAACGCGGUGAUUGUGCAACCGUCAAAAGGCUACUCGAGGAACACAAGGGCCAUCCAGAGAUACUCAAUAUAAACUGUGUGGACCCAUUAAAUCGAUCUGCUCUCAUUGCUGCCAUUGAAAAUGAAAAUAUCGAAUUGAUAACAAUUUUAUUGGAGCUUGGCAUUGCUGUUAACGAUGCUUUGUUACAUGCAAUCAAAGAAGAAUAUGUUGAAGCUGUAGAGAUGCUUUUGGAUUGGGAAGAAAAAAUUCACGAGCCUGGAAAGCCUUAUAGUUGGGAAUUCACUGACUCAUCUUCGUCAAAUUUUACUCCCGACAUAACACCACUAAUUUUAGCAGCUCACAAAAAUAAUUAUGAAAUACUGAAGAUUCUUCUUGAUCGUGGAGCAACACUUCCCAGUCCUCAUGACGGCAGAUGUGGCUGUGACGAGUGCGUUACAUCUAGUGAAAAGGAUUCGCUACGCCACUCGCAUUCUCGUAUAAACGCCUAUCGUGCCCUCACAUCACCCUCUCUCAUAGCUUUAUCAUCGCGAGAUCCUUUAUUGACAGCUUUCGAAUUGUCAUGGGAAUUGCGACGGUUAAGUCGUAUGGAACAGGAAUUCAGAUUUGAGUACAAUGAAUUGAAGGAACAGUGUCAGGAAUUUGCAACAUCUUUACUUGAUCAUGCUCGAACAUCUCAUGAACUUGAAUUGAUGUUAAAUUAUAAUCCUACGGGUGAAAAUUGGGAGCCAGGUGAAAGGCAAACCCUAGAUAGACUCAAACUUGCUAUUAAGUACAAACAAAAACAAUUUGUGGCUCAUCCCAAUGUCCAACAGCUACUUGGCGCAAUAUGGUACGACGGGUUACCUGGUUUUCGUCGGCUCAGCAUGAUUGGACAACUCGUCAAAGUCGGAAAACUCGGCGCAAUGUUUCCAGUUUAUAGUACUAUUUAUAUGCUGUCACCUACCUCCAAAAUGGGACUUUUCAUGAAGAAACCCUUUGUCAAGUUUAUUUGUCACUCCACCUCUUACGCAUUCUUUCUAAUGCUCUUGGGAAUGGCAUCACAACGAGUUGAAUACCUUGCUAUUGAGUUGUUUGGUAAUGCUUGGAUGAGAGAAAUUUUAGAAGGAUGGAAGAAACAUGAAAGAGGAUGCAUACCCGGAUUUGUUGAGAGCGGUGUUAUGAUUUAUGUGAUAAGUUUAAUAAUAGGAGAAAUACGAUCAUUAUGGAGUGACGGUAUGCUAGAAUACAUCUCAGAUUUAUGGAAUAUUGUCGAUUUCAUUCAAAACAUGUUCUAUGUCAUUUGGAUAACUCUUAGAAUGACGGCAUGGUACACGGUUCAGAGAGAAUAUUGGAAUGGAGAAAAUCCAUGGUAUCCCAGAGAUCAGUGGGAUGCUUUCGAUCCCAUGCUCCUUUCUGAGGGUGCUUUUGCAGCUGGCAUGAUAUUUAGUUUUCUAAAACUCGUUCAUAUAUUUAGCGUGAAUCCCCAUUUGGGACCACUUCAAAUAUCAUUAGGACGAAUGAUUAUUGAUAUUAUCAAAUUUUUUUUCAUCUAUACAUUAGUUUUAUUCGCAUUUGGAUGUGGAAUGAAUCAGUUGAUGUGGUAUUAUGCAGAUCUUGAGAAAUCUAAAUGUUAUCAUUUACCAACUGGUCUACCCGAUUUUGAUAAUCAAGAAAAGGCUUGCUCAAUAUGGCGACGUUUUGCCAAUUUAUUUGAGACAUCUCAAUCCCUAUUCUGGGCGAGCUUUGGCAUGAUUGACCUAAUGUCUUUUGACUUGACUGGAAUAAAGAGCUUUACAAGGUUCUGGGCACUCUUGAUGUUUGGUUCCUACUCGGUUAUCAACGUAAUUGUUCUCCUGAAUAUGCUCAUUGCUAUGAUGUCCAAUUCAUAUCAGAUAAUUUCGGAACGAUCAGAUACUGAAUGGAAAUUUGCAAGAAGUCACCUGUGGAUGAGCUAUUUUGAAGAUGGUGAUACGGUACCGCCACCAUUCAAUAUGAUCCCAACGGCCAAGACCUUUAACAAAAUCAUUCGAUGUGGAAAUACUGGACGACCAACCAAGUCUCUCAUUAAAAAAUCACGUGAAAAAGCAAGAGAACGCCAUGAAACAGUUAUGCGACUGUUGGUGCGCCGAUAUGUAACAGCUGAGCAGAGAAAACGAGAUGAAUUUGGUAUAACUGAGGACGAUGUAAUGGAAAUCCGGCAAGAUAUAUCAACAUUACGUUAUGAAUUGAUUGAUAUACUGCGGCAAAAUGGAAUGCGAACACCGGCAAUGGAAAAGGCAGAAGUAUCUGGAAAGAAGGGACGAGUAAUGGAGCGUCGUCUGCAAAAAGAUUUCCAAAUUGGCAUAGUCGAGGGAAUCGUAAACGCAGUAAUUCAAAGUGAAAAAGAACCAAAAGAUGUUUUCAGUCAAUUAGCCAAAGCUAUUGGUCGACGUUCCAGUUCUAAUGCUAAAAAAGAUUGGAAUGCUGUUGUCAGACAAAAUACUAUUCCCACUGAUCCAAUCGGUAGUAAAAAUGAAGCAGUCAUUCGACAAACUAGAAGGAGUCUCCGUAGACAGCAACAAAUGCAGCCAGACUCAGACUUGGCCUCACUCGAUCCAAAUCGAUUGAUUGAGUAUAAUCCAAAUUUGAUGGAUGUUACGCCAACUACUAGAGUAGCAUAUGCUAAAUUCAUAAUGGGCAAAAUGAAUAAACAGACUGCUACGCCUGUCAAAUCUGGUGAUGGCGAUGCUACAGGUACAACUGAAACAGGAAAUGACACUACAACUAAACCAACUGUUCCACCAAGGUCAAGUGUCAGAAUCAAUGUCACAGAUACUGUAUGUCGUGCACCAUCGUUAAGCUCUGCAACUAGUGAAUCUAUCAAACGUGGAGUCUUGAAAAAAUCAAUCUCCACUCAUAGCCAGGAUAAAAUGGAUGCUGAAAGAGUUAUUCCUUCUCCGAUACCUGAAGAUCCUGAGGAUGAUAGUAAUAAUACAGAAUUCACUUCAUUAGAGAAAAAAGAUGGCGAUGUAAAUGUCAAAGCAGAAAAUAAACAAAGUGUUGUACUUAAAAUGGAAAAUGAGAAGAAAGAUGCACCGCCACCAACAAAAGUAGAAGUCAAAAAAGAUGUUGAGCCUAAACAGAGUUCUGAUUCGCCGGAAACAAAACCUCGGGGAAAAUCAAAAGCAACUGGUCGUGUUAUGGGUGGUUGGAUAUAAUUUGUUUUCUUUUUCCGUUUUUUUUUGUUUUCAGCAAAUAUUCUCAAUACUGUAUUG